AUGACAAAACACACCGAUAUUCUACUCACACUAGCUGAGUCGGAAUUAGAGCUAGGCUUCAUCUAUAUUUUCAAAUUUCUGGACUCCCAACGAUCAAGGACCGUAGAUGUAUUUAUUCAAGAGGAUGAUAGAAUAAUGGGAGACAAUCGCCGCGGCCUAUUUGCAUUUUACAGGAACAUGCCAUGCUUUAGUUCGCUUUGUGUCAAGCUGAUAUAA